UUAUUUUUCUUCUCCUUCUCUUUAAAGCCAGAUUCCAGGAAGAAAAUAUAUGUCCAGAGUCAAGGAAUUAAAACUACACCCAGUGAAACCUUUGACUGGUACACAUUUCUACAGAAUGCAGACAUUCCCACAGACACAGACAAUUUGCAUCUGUUUCUUCUGGUGUGUGGACUUCGAAGAGUCAAGGACCCUCUGUAUUUAGUGGAAGUUUUCUCAGACUGGCACAGGAAGGAUCCCAGUGUCCAUCUGGGCAUCAUUGGGCCUGCAGUUGAUCCUCUUUUUACCAGUGAAGUUAAGGAGAAGGUGAAAAGGGCUCCUGGAGUGCAUUUGCUGCCCGAGCUGCCCCAGGCUGAGCUCCACGCUGCUCUCAGGAGAUGCUUUGCUGUGRUCAACAGCUCCAUCUCAGAGGGGAUGUCUGCUGCCAUCCUGGAGGCAAUGGAUAUGGAGGUCCCAGUGCUGGCAAGGAACAUUCCUGGCAAUGCAGCAAUAAUCAUCCAUCAGGAGACAGGUCUGCUGUUCUCAAAUCCCCAGGAGUUUGUUGUGCUGUCCAAGAGUUUAAUGAAUGACCCCAUUAUGGAAAAGGAAAUUAUAACAAAGGCCAAAGAGUACGUGAAGAAGYAUCAUUCCUGGGAAGGUGAAAGGAAAACCUACCAGAACCUUGUGCUAAGACUGCAGUGAACUGACAGCCAACUGUGUGGAGCACUUUAAUGAUGAAAUAAUGAGCUUUGGGCUCCUCUUGGCUUCUUUAGAGAAAAAUAUUGAGCAUUGUUACUCUGUUCAACAUUCCCAGAUCACAGAGUCACCUGCUGCUGCCACCUGCCCCAGGGUGUGAGCUCAGGUGAGUUUGGGAUCAGCAGGAGAGAGCAGCAGAGGGUGGGGGUUUGUUCUGUAGGGCUGCACAGGGCCCAGAGCUGGCAUUGCCUGUCCUGACCCUGCUGAAUCCCAUCCCAUUUAUCCCAUUUAU